AUGCCAUCCAUCGUCUGUGCCAACAAAGGCUGCGGUAAACCAUUUGAACCUUCCAUUGAAGGAAAUAAGGAAUGUGUCUACCACUCUGGCUCUGCUGUUUUCCAUGAAGGACUCAAGGGGUGGUCAUGCUGCACCAAGCGAGUGACCGACUUUGAUGCAUUUCUCAAGAUUCCAGGAUGCACGACUGGCACUCAUACAGACAAGGCACCAGAAGCUUCUGUGUCUGUAGCUGCUGUAUCGACAACUGCGACGGAUCCAAAAAAAUCAGACGAUGGGGUAGAAACCUUUACCAUGGCUUCUGUACCUGCUGCUCUGCCCGCAUCGAUUCCUGCUGUCACAGCUCCAGUGUUUUUAGAAAAGGAUAUGCACGAUCCCGCAGAUGCGAUCGUUGCUCCAGGCACACUUUGCAAACGCAAAACAUGCGGUCAAUCUUUCUUGGACGAUACGUCUCGCUCGCAAGAAUGUAUCCAUCAUCCAGGUGCUCCAGUCUUUCACGAGGGCAGCAAGGGAUGGUCGUGUUGCACCAGACGUGUACUUGAAUUCGACGAGUUUUUGAAAAUCAAGGGAUGUUCGACAUCUAAACACCGAUUUACCAAUGUUCAUCUUGAAUCCACGGACAUCAAGCAAGUAGUAGAGUGUCGCCGUGAUUGGUAUCAAACUCCCGAUACGGUCAUUUUAUCCAUCUUUGCGAAAAAGGUGGACAAGCUUGCAACAACAGUUGUAUUUGAUAAAACUAGCCUGAAAGUGGAUAUUCUGUUUUUGGACGGUAGCUCGUCGCAAUACCAUACCGAUCUCUUCCAGCCAAUCGAUCCAAAUGCAUCCAAGUUUGAAGUGCUUUCGACAAAACUUGAGAUUGUGCUGAAAAAAGCAAACAGUUUAAGCUGGGUUGCUAUUGAGCCAAAAGAAAACGUAACAACUUGGACUACGUUUGGCAUUACGGGCUCAGUCGGUACUGUUGGGGGUAAAGAGGCUGUGGUUGGACACGAUGCUCCUCUGCAUCUUCUACCAAAACAUUAGCCAAAUAAAAAACAUUAAAUGAGA